CUUAGCCCUUCCCCUGGUCUGCCAUGACCUCCGUCUUCAAGGGGUUUUCAAUGGGUGGUUUCAGUGACAUUUUUCAAGCGUCGAAAGACGCUGAUCCUUACAAGAAUGCUGAUAUUCUCCCUCUUCCUCCCUCUCGUCGAACUUGGUCCAAGAAGAUCUUUCUCUUUUUCUGGCUCUCGACUGCUAUCAACAUUGCAGAAUGGUCUGGGGCAUCCACGGCAUUGGCCGUCGGACUAACUGUUGGACAAGCGAUCGCAGUCAAUGCGAUAAGUACAAUAAUAAUAUGCCUCGCUCUGGUUAUCAAUGGUCAUGGGGGAGGGAAAUGGAACAUCCCCUUCGCCGUCAUCAAUCGUACAGGUUGGGGCAUCCGUGGGUCGUGGUUUGCUUUAUGCAGUCGUAUAAUUUUGUCUUGUUGCUGGUAUGGUGUCCAAGGUUGGUACGGUGGUCAGAUGGUGAAAAUCAUGAUCGGGUCUAUCUGGCCAAGCUUCUAUAACAUGAAGAACACGUUCGGGCCUGGUGCGGGGAUGAAGACUAAUGAAUUCGUAUCUUUCAUCAUCUUUUGGACGGUUUCUCUCCCCAUAUUUCUGUUGCGUCCUGAACAAUACCGCAUACCUGCCAUCUUCUCCUCGGUCAUAGUAACUAUUGCGGCAUUUGCAAUUUUUAUCUGGGCCCUCGCAAAGGAGGGAAACGUAGGGCCACUGUGGAGGAACCCGGAGGAGGUGUAUGGGAUUGGAAGGCUUAGAGGCUCACAAUUGAGUUGGACGAUGAUGAGGAUGAUCUCGAGCGGAAUAGGCGGAUGGGCUGGAGGAAUUCUCUAUCAGAGUGAUUUUUCUCGUUAUGCUGUUCAACCCGGGGACCAGAUGUGGGGUCAAAUAUUCAUCAUUCCGGUAUGCCUUUUUGGGUCGAAUAUCUUGGGAAUCAUCACUACAUCCUGCGCUCGAGGAUUUUAUCCGGAUGAACCCUUACUCUGGCGUUUGUACGACCUCUUGGAAGCCAUUCAAAAACAUAGCGGACCCGGUGCUCGAGCUGCUGUGUUUUUCGCGUCGUUUGCUUUCUUUUUGUCCCAGAUAUGCGUGAAUGUGGUGGCUUGUGGUGUCGUUGGAGGGAUGGAUUUGGCUGCAUUGUUACCUCGGUAUAUAAACAUUCGACGUGGAUCUUUCGUCAUUGCGAUCAUAGGCAUUGCUAUCAAUCCGUGGAAGAUCUUGAAUACGGCCAAUUCCUUCAUUGCGGCGAUAUCUGGUUUUGCUGUGUUUUUAGGACCGCUAACCGGGAUAAUGAUUACUGAAUACCAUAUAGUGCGAAAGAGACGCAUCAAGCUUUCUCACCUUUUUGAGCCAAGCUCCUCAAGUGAUUACUGGUUCUGCCACGGACUUAAUUGGAAGGCUCCCGUCGCUUGGUUGUUGGGUGUCUGGCCCAGCCUACCUGGUUUUUGCGCCUCAGUCACUCCAGAUCGUAUCCAGGUGAGCACAACCUGGGUACACGUCUACUAUAUGUCGUGGUUACUUGGGUUUUUCAUCAGUGGCUCAAUGUGGCUCGUUUUGAAUACAGUCUGGUCGCCGCCUGGACUUGGGGAGGUGGAUGAAGAGGAAAUUAACGACAAUGAUUCCGACAUCAAGUCGCCUCAUGCAUAUGAGUCCGGCGGGCCCUAACAUCACACUGAUGAAAGCUUAAACUUCCUUGAGCGUACGAAGUUCCAUGGCCGAGUUCUCAAUUAAGAUACGGGAAACAUCGUGUAAGUAGGUAUAAUGAUAUACACGAGUGCAACCCCCAGGUGCUGGCGUU